AUGGCAGAGGUGCCCUGCCAGUUCACGGCCCCGUGGGCGGCGGGCUACGGGAGGGUCGCCUGGACGUCCGGACCCAGGUGGGACGAGGGCCUGAGGGAAAUUUCCGGCACCCUCAGUGCGCUGAGCGAGAGCGUGGAAGCAAUUGCAUGCGCCCCUUGGCUUCAGCCACCGUGGUUCGGAGGCAGGGCCAGCAGAGUGCAAAGGCGCGCCGUGGUUAACGUUGCGGCUUGGGCUCGCGAUGCCGCCUACACCAUGGUGGGGCACGCAGCGGGUGCCACCAAGGUGAUAGGGGGCAAGCGUCGCCUCUCGCAGACCACUGCGCGUAGGUUGCUGAACCCAGCGUGUUUCACCUCGCAUCAAGAGUUUAAGCUUGAAGUUGCGUGCGCAGCGUGGGGGGAGCGUAGGAGAGCCGUCCACCGCUAUUUGCAUUUGCGCGAGGCCAACCCCGGGGCCGCGGAGAGGUUCCUGUCGAGCUUCUUCCAGGUGCGCACCCGUUUUGAGGUGAGGCUGUCGGACCCGUCCACGGGGGCUGCGCUUACGCCCAGUGCGAUGGUUGAGGCUGUCAGGCAGGAUCUGUUUGCACGCGAUCGCAAUGACUUUGAGCAGGAUCCGGGGGCCGAGGAGGCCAUGGCACGGCAGGUUUCUUUAAUCCGCAGCGCGGGUGCCCUCGAAGGCGCACCAGCCCGAGCUCCACCUUACACGGAUGACGAGGUGCAUGCUGUGUUGAGCGCUCUCAAGCCAGGCAAACGCACAAUUCAUGGGUGUUACGCCGCCUUGCGCGCAGAGUCACCAGCGGGGGUACGGCUGACCAAGGCCCUAGUGAACCUCGCUCGCGCCGCCGGCGUGACCGCGAAAAUCUGGUCACUCAGGCAGAUCACCCCAUUGCGUAAGUGCGGCCCAACCACAGUGCGCGCACUCUCCGCCCUGCGGCCAAUUUCCAUUGCAACGGAGAUGGCAUCGGUACAAGACGCUCUCUGGAUAGCCCGAAAUAGCGGUGCGCUGGAGGCGUAUUGUGGGCCUUGCCAGCAGGGGGGAGUCGGCGACGCCCUCACCCUAGUAAUCGGCCUCGUCGUGCACGCCCAGCUGCGGCAUGCGCAGGGCCUCCACACUUGGUGGGCUCUAGCAGAUGGCAAGUGGGCUUUCGACGUGGCGUCCCGCCACGCCAUGUUGGUGGGCGUGUACAACGCCGGAGUCCGCGGGCCUGAUUGGCUCAUUUUGGACGACGUGUUGGCGCAAGACCAUCAGUGCCUGUCUUUGCAUGGGCUGCUGAGCCCCGUUUUUAUGCUUUCGCGCGGUACAGCUCAGGGCAGGCGGUUUUCUGUGCACGCUUUUAACACCCAGCUCCGUGGGCUUGCGGAUGACAUCGCAAAAGUGCUCCCGGAGGGGUGCAGCACGAUUGUGCCUCCAUUUGCUAGGGCAGCGCUCCUUGACGCGGAGGAAGUCACGCCGCCGGCGCAAUGCGUUGAGCCGCCGCGGGGGGAGCUGCAGCUUGACGGGGUCGUGCAGGAAGUGUCGCUUUUGGCGGCGGCUGAGGAGUCGCCGUGGCCCCAGGCGAGGCGCUUCCUGCGCGGCGUCCUCAGCGCGCUGUCGUCGCAGGCUGAUCGGGUUGCCGUGAUAGAGCGUUUGGGGGCUUACCACGUGGAGUCACCGCAAUUCGUGGAUGACAUCACAACGCCCUGCCCGGGCAGGUCGCUGUUUGACGAACUUUUGCAGACGGCGGAGUGCGGGGGCUUCUCCAUCCCAGUUGCCGCAGCUCAAGUCCCUCCCCGCAUUGAGUCGGUAAUCCUAUACGCUUCCCCGUUGUUGGCCCUAGCCGAGGGGGCUGAAGCGGCCCUCAACCGCUUACAGGUAGAGUGGGGCCGCAAGCUGCUGGGCUGCAAUGAUGGCCCGCCCGUGCGUCACAGCGUGGUCGUGGCCCAAUGCGGGUGGCCUUUGAGGCUGGGCACGAAGUUUCUUGAGCGUGCCUUGCUAGCGCGAGCCAGGCUCGCAGUCCUCCCGCUCGACCACCCGGCGUCCCGAGCCUGGCAGGCAUCCCGGUGCCUGCACGCCCCCUCUUGGGUUACUGCGGUAGCUGCGCUCGCUGGCCGCCUUCCGUCGCCGCCAGUGCAACUGGACCGACACCCGGCAUGCGCUGGGGAGCAGUUGGAGGCUGCGCGCGCCCAUCCAGCGAGGCGCAGGGCCCUCCUGGAGUGGUACCGCUGGCAGGUCGUGCGCCCAGCGCUGUUGGAGUAUGACCGGCAAGCAUUCAGGAAGGCAGCGUCAUGUGUUCUCCCGGCGUUGCGCCGUUCCUUCGCUGAGCUUUGCCCGGGCCCGUCCCUCCCUGACUGGAAUCUUCUGGGCUGGGAGUCGUCUCCAAACUUUUGGAAGCAUUACCGGUUGUGGGCCGUCAUACGCAUGACGGGCUGCUGGCCCCUUGCCGUGCUUGGCCAGGGUGGGCUGCCAGCCACGCUCUCGCGGUGCGGGGCAUGCGGAGCGUCGAAUGUAGCAGUCGACCAUCCCCUGGUAGCGUGUCAGGCCACGGUUCAGCACCGUGCCCUCCUUGCGCGCGACGGCCCGCCCAUGCAGGGCGCCGCCCCGGAGUUCGCCUUACAAGUCCUUUUUUCCGAGGGUCUCCCGUCGCGUGCGCGUGCUGCGCACGUCAGUUACGUGGGCGCUGCAGUUUUGCAGGCUGCUUGGCCAGCGCCGCCCCCUCCGCCUCCGCCUCCCCCUCCGCCUCCCCCCCCGCGCGCCCCCCCGAGCUAG